AUGCUGCACGAUAAUCUUAGUGUAAAUACGCCAACAACAUCUUCAGAACAAUGCCAGUGCAUCAAUGAAGCGUUACUUCGGAUUUCUAAUUUACGGAAGAUUCACAUGACAUUUGAAGGCGAAAUCGCUUUUGUGCAUAACAAAGAACGUAAAUGGGCUAAAUUAUUCGCUGACUUUAUCCUUGGUAAUGCUUUUUGUAACGUCGAAAAAUGUAUUGCUCACAGUGACGAUAUGUUGUGGUACGUGCUAUUUCAGCGUUUAGCGGCACAGUCGUUCACUGUUGGUUCUGUGUGUGACCAAUUAAUGGUGUACCGAAGACAAAGCCCAAAUAAGCCAAACAUAGAUGAUACUGGUAUUAACUGGGAAGAAACUGUUUGUAUUAACCUUAUUCUUGGCCAACUGGACUUUCAUGUUACCUGUGCCGUCUGCACUAAAACCAGCCCACAAAAUCUUCAAAUUCUAAGGAAGAACUGCCAAACAAGUUAUUGCACCAUGCUCCCUCCUCAGGUUUUCAAAGAUGUCGUUGUUCGUGACGGCGAAUGUGUCUGUGUUGAAUUGGUUACUAGAGACCGUUAUAAAAAUCAAGAAGCAGUCGUUUUUUUGGGUUCUAUACGCUACGAAAUCUUGAAACAAGUCUACGACACGAGGGCUUCAAAAACUUGGAAUUGGGCACAGAAAUUUAUAAGCUGUGGUAGAAGAUUGGAGUUUGUUCGAAUGAAAGGACCACAUGGCAAAGGUUACGCUGAAAUGGCUGUGGGACGCUUGCCAAAUACCGGCUACGAAACUCCUUUGGAUGAAGAGCCACCAGAUUUUGGAAAAGUAAGCCAACUCGAACAACGUCGUAUGUCAGAAACUAACCUAUCUAGUUUGCCUUUUUUUUCCCGACCACCAUCAACGCCUAGUGUCUCAAGUUGUUACUCCGGCAGAAGUCGUCGAUGGCAAAGCGAAGCGGAUACUGUAAACCAGUGUCUCGAGGUAGAAGCUGGGGGGAUUGGUGACGAGUUGGAAGAAGGUAUUCUUGGUCGGCUUAGAUCUGUCCGAGGGUUUGGACAAGCUUGGCAUUGGUUGCGAGAGAAGCGCAGGAAUGAAAGCACACCUUUAAAUGUUUAUCUCACAUACAUUACUUUACCGUGGUCUAUGAUACUUGAUGAUUUGUUGGCUGACCGACCGAGAAAACCGAUAUUAACGUUUGAUUUGAACUUAUUAGGAUUCAAGCAGGAUGCAUAA